CUCACUGUCGUCCGCUAUCUUGUAACCUUUGAGGCAGAGUAGGGAGCCCACAAGAUGCGCAAAUUAAGAGUUACUGAAUACGUUUUGUAGUUAUUUUUCAAUUAAAACUGUUAUAGAUGACCUUAAAUCUUACAUAAUGACACAACGAACUCAAUAUUUUUGACAAGCUUUCCACUAUGAGCACGGCAAACUGGCAGGUAUUGUGGUCUCCAAACCAACACGACAAGUUUAUCACCUUCGGAAGUGAAAUAUGUCUUUACAAAGUCAGCAGGUCUCAGGAAAGUCCACCAACGGCUGCAGGUGUAAGAAGCCAAGUAAUGCAUCUUUCUGGAGAUACCUAUGCAUCACUUUUAUCUGUUGUGAAUGAUAUACAAAAUUUAAAGUGUGUUGCUUGGUAUCCAAAAUCAGAACCAGAAAAUUUAUUAGCAGUUGGACAAGCAAAUGGAAGAGUUUUAGUCACAAGCAUUGGAAAAGAAAGUAAUCAGUCAAACCAAAGAAUUUCUAGAGAAUUUGUCCCCAGGCAUUCACGGCAAUGUAACAGCCUUGCAUGGAAUCCUGUUGAAAACAAAUUGCUGGCAGUUGGCUUGGACAAAGCAAGAAAUGAUCCUUCUCUUCUUGUUUGGGACGUCAGUGUUCAACCCACUGUAAGGGAAAGUGGUAACCAAGAAAAGAGACACUCAGGAGUGACUGGUGGCAAACAAUCUCCCAUUACCGUAGGGACAAAUUUCCAAGAGCCUUCACAUGUGCAGAAUAGGGCUCUUGUUGAACUAUCCACUUCAGAUAUAACUGUUUCAUUAGCUUGGUGUCCUUAUGAUUCUAACGUGUUGAUCACUGGGCAGGGACCAAAAUACAUCAGAGCAUUUGACAUCAGAGCGGACACAUUCCGUCCACAGAAUGCUGCCGUAACAAAAGCAGUGUAUGGUGUAUGUUUUGACCCACUUGUUGAACACAGAAUAGCUUCAUUCUCUGGGAGUGGGCCUGGCGUAAUUUGCAUCUGGGAUGAUCGAAAUUUUGAAAAACCUUUACUGUUGUCCACCUUUAAAAAUACAAAAUUCAAUAAUGUUUUUGUCCUAAAAACUCCAACUGGUGUUUCUUCUUGUGAAAGUUUAUAUUUUCAGUCCUACCUUAACCUUUUUCAGUUGAUGACAAUGAGUCAGUUAUGUCCUGUGACAGCCAUUUCAUGGAGUCCAACACGAUCUGGCUUAGUAGCCACGCUAGGUAUAGAGAGCCCCACUGUGCAACUGUACGAUAUUCAACAUGCUUCAGCGGGAAAUCUUUCCUCAGUUUCACCAACAUAUGGAGUUGGAUACGAGAUAGAACCAUCUUUCAUUGAAAGGAGUGUUAAGCCAUCAGGAACAGUUGUGUCUGCAUUCUCCUGGCAUCCUACACAAGAGAAUCGCAUGCUUACAAUAUCAUCAUCUGGAUUGGUCCAAGACUGUACAAUUUUUGAAAGAAUAUCUGUAACUUGGUCCCCAAACUCCUAUCUUACUUGGGGUUGUGGGAAGCAUUUGCUGGAGUGCUCACAAAAGACUACAGAGGCAGCUUUAGAGGAAGAUGUCUCAUUAAAGAUGAAGCGCAGAGCAUUUGCAGGAUAUGGAAUUGACUUUUAUCAAGCACAAGACAUUGCAAGAAUAACUGGAGAUCCUAAGCUUGUCAAGCUGUGGUCAUGGAUUUAUCGGGUAAAGUCCAUGAGAGAACAAGAUAAAUCUAAAACUCUUAAAUAUGAUGGCAUCAAAUCUAUCAUUGGUGGAGAGAAUGGUGGUGGAGGUGCAACUGCAAGAAGUAAAGCAGACUCUUACCAAGAACAGCGUCUUGUAGCACCAGUGUACUACAGUGACGAAAGAAAGCUGGCUCUUUCUCUUUGUGGCUGGGAUUUUAAAAGUUCUGGAAAUACGCUUGCUGAUUUUUUAAACAAAUUGCAAUCUUCUGGACAGUAUGAGAGAGCUGCAGCAGUAGCACUUUUCAAUAACAAGAUCAGAGAUGCAAUUGAAAUAUUGAGCUCACAAGGGUCAAAUGAUUUUAAAGGAAGUUCCCUGAAUGUGGUUGCUAUGGCACUGUCAGGGUAUACAGAGGAAAAGAAGACUUUGUGGAGAGACAUGUGCAGGUCACUGUGCGGUCAGAUGGAGAAUCCUUACCUUAGAUCAGCUUUUGCUUUUUUGACCACUGAGGCUGAACACUUAGAGAAUAUUUUGGCUGAGGAAGGAAUUGAAAUUGAGGACAGAGUAGCCUUUGCUUGCAAGUACCUUCCUGAUCACAAGUUGUCCCAGUUUCUUGAAAACUUGUCAACAAAGUUGAGUAAUGCUGGGGAUCUAGAUGGCAUUCUGCUUACUGGAAUUUCAAUGGAUGGAAUAAACUUAAUAGAAAAAUAUGUAAAUAAGACAACAGAUGUUCAAACAGCAAGCUUGGUCUUUGUCAACUGUGUAACUCAUAUCUCCAGUGAAGUAUUCAAAGAUCCUAGAGUUUUAUCAUGGAUAGAAAAUUAUAGAAGUCUGCUUGACAUGUGGAGGCUCUGGCAUCAAAGGUCCCUGUUUGAUAUUCAUUUUAACUUAAAAGAUUCCACCCAAAGGCCUCCUCAACAAGUGUUUGUUUCAUGUAAUUUUUGUGGCAACUCCAUCAUUACUAACAUGCUAUCAACAAGUUCAAGGCCUCGUAAACUCGCACAAUACUGCAAUCCCUCAAACAGAACAAAGAUUAUGGCUUGUCCAGGUUGCCGUAAGCCUCUUCCAAGAUGUGCUCUCUGCCUAGUUCACAUGGGAACAUCUUCAUCACUUUCACAGAAGCCAGCAAAUCAAGGAGAUUCAAGUGCAGAAAAACCAGCAAAUGUGCGAACUGUCAAUCCAUUUCAUAACUGGUUCACAUGGUGCCAAUCAUGUCGUCACGGUGGACAUUCCAAUCAUAUAGUUGAAUGGUUUAAGGAACAUAUUGAAUGUCCUGUUACAGGAUGUGGAUGUCACUGCAUGAACUUAGAUUCUGUUGCCAUGGCAAUGCCAAACAAUGACAUUUAUUCAGUAGCAUGAGUGGAUAAUUAUUUUUCAAAUAAUGUCAAAAAAAUUAGACUCAGACUAGCCAUUUCUGACGUUUACAGUGUUAUCUGGAAAAUAUUUGUGAAGACACCUUUACAAAAUGUUGCUCCUAUGUCUGAAAGAAAAUAUUUUUUCUUUUUCAUCUCAAAAAUUGGAUUUAUUUAGUCCUCUACUAAUUCAGAUAUUGCAAUUUAAUUCAUUCUCUACUCUAACAAUGAAAAAUUACUAGGCUUUUUUUAAAAUUGUAAUUGUAUAUAUAUAUAAAUUAAGUUAUGAAUCAGUGAACUUUUCUUUUUAAUUCUUGGCUCAUUGCCCCUAGAACUCUGGUGUGAAUUUUUUUUAUUCAUCAUUAGUGGGAAGCACUGAUGUGAGACAAAACCAUUAUGCUUGAGUUACAGUAGACUGAUUUUAGGCCUUCUAAGUGUUCAUGAUUGAAAGCAGCUGUAACCAUUACUGGGAUAGUUGAUGCAAUAAUAUUCCCUUAUUCACUUUGAAGCUGCACUUAAAGUCAAAUUUCAUAAGUUACCAUACUUAACUGCAAUAUUCCCUUUCCUCAGUCUGUGUUUAACAGUCACAUUAUAAACAGAGCAUGACAUUGGAUAAGGAAAGCUGUGGCAGAGUGUUUUAAGAAUGAGUGGUAAAUUGGUAUAUUCUUCUUUGUUACUAUUUAAAGGGCAAUGUGGAAUCUUCUUAGACAGUAACAGCAGACACAUUUCACCCCAAUUUCUUCUGUCACACAAACAUAAUUGGCAGUUUUCAUAUGCAGAUAAUUGCUGUGAAGACGUCGUGAAAUAAAAAGUACUUCAGUCAACAGGUCAAUCAUUUGCAUAUGGCUGCUUCCAUUCAUGUUUGUGUCACAGUAAAGAUGAGCCUAAACUUUAACCAGGUUCAUUGUUUAUUAACUAAAAGGAUCAGCCCUGUCUGAAGUAUCUAGUGGUGUUUUUGUCAAUCUCUCUAGAAAAGUAUUUUACACAUCGCCUACCGCUAAUUUAAUUAAAAAUUCAUGUGAUUCCUUAACAUUUGUUAAUUGUAAGGAAAAUCUCAAAAAAUCCAAAUCAAAGAUAUUUCACAAAGGGAUUCGUUGAAUUAAAAUCAUUGUCAUAAACAAA